AGUUCUAAUAACUGCAUAUGACCUUGUACGAACUAAUUUUUUCUAAGAGUGUGGGCCAAUGCCUACAAAAUGGGCCUAGUUCCAUCUCUGACAAAGGGUUAGACCAGCUCCCAUACAUUUUUGCGCAUUGCCCUUUACCACAAUCAUCAAAAUCUGAUUUAAAUUGGAUUUAUGGUCAAUCAAAUCAACUAGGUGGCGCUGAGGAUCGUACGAUGGUGUCGGCUAGACCACGCCGAAUUUCAAUUAUCAAACAAAUCCCAAAACAAAUGCAACCAAUUCCACCAUCUUCGGCUUUUUUCGUCCUCUUACCCAGCAACAGAUUUCGAGUAUUCUGUCAUUGGCUCUGCAAUCACAGUCACUUUGGUAAUAUCAUCCUGGCGUGCAUAAUGUUCUCAAGUGCAAUGUUAGCAGCUGAAGAUCCACUAAAUGCUGGUAGUGAACGAAAUCAGAUUCUAAACUACUUUGACUACUUCUUUACGGCUGUCUUCACCAUUGAAUUAGUACUAAAGCUCAUCUCGUACGGUUUCAUAUUCCACAAAGGCGCCUUCUGUCGAUCAGCCUUCAAUCUACUGGAUCUCCUUGUUGUCUGUGUAUCACUUAUAUCCAUAUUUUUCAGGUUAGUACAUGUACUAAAUAAGUAAAUACUGUGCUAAUGAUUAGAAC